AUGCCUUUUCCCCGCGUCUACCUCGACCCCACCCCGCCGUUCCACUCGAUGACAUCCUUCGAGGACGAGUGGAACGUGUGGCCGUCGGUGCGCCAGAGCUUCGAGUCGCGCCUACCGCUGAAGAAGCUACAGCUGCACAACCGCGCGCGCAAGGCAGUGGACCUGGACCGGCUGCCGCUGGAGUACGUGCUGACGUCCGAGCCCAAGCUGCGCAGCCGCCCGCCCGUCAAGAACAACCCGCACUGGUUCCGCCACCCCUUCGCCACGCUCGUCCUCCUCGCCUGCCAUGAUCCGGACGAGUACCGGGUGAGUCUGCGCGCGCGGCUGCAGGCGCUGGUGAAGGCGGAGCAGGGCGAGUGGCUGAUCGUGCACGUGAUGCGCGCAGGGCCCAACGACCCGGCGGGCAAGCAGGCGCGCAAGGUGUUUGCGCGCAUUGAAGACCACUUCCGCCGCGACAGGUGUGUGCGGCUGGAUCUGAGUGCAGCGGAGCCCAACUACAUGGAGGUGGAGGGCAAGGUGCUGGAGUGCAUCCGAGCCAGUGUGGACGCGCGCACGCUGCACUACUCUGAGGCCGUGCGCCGCCUGCUCGACCAGCGCCUCUCGCCCUCCUUUAACUUCUGCGCCUACUACACUGAUAAGGAGAGUUUGGCGCUGAUGGCGGAGAUGGCGCAGUUGAGGGACGAUGCGUUGAGGGACUAUGACGAGAUGGAGCAGGUCUACCUCGACACAGUGCGGCGGGCGGACAGCAAGGUGCGGGAGUUUGGGGGGUUGGACGUGGGGGAUGAGCGGGCGGCGCUGCUGGACGCAGGGCGCAAGCCCAUGAAGAUGUUUGCCCACGAGGAGACCAUCAAGCAGUUCGACUUCCGCCAGUACCUCUUUGCCCGCCGCGCCGCUCUGCUGUUCGCCAUGGGGCGGCCAGCAGUGGUGGCGGACAGGGCGUACGCGUUCAUCCUCGACUUCUCCAAGGAGCUUGCUGCCCGCCAGCGAGAGUUGCCGUUCUGCAUGAGGGAGGUGUGGGUGCUGUCGGCAUGCACGCUGGUGACGACGGUGUGUGCGGAGCGCUUUGCCCCGCGGUCCCCGGGGCACUACACGGAGAAGGACUUCUUCCGCCUGCAGGGCGACCUCAUCUCCCUCGCCCGCUCCAAGGCACGCCGCCUCUCCUCCACUCCCCGCCCCCCACCUCCCCCUCGCCCUGCCUGCACCAUUGCACCAUCUUCACGACACCGACUGCGCACUCAUUUCUUCCACCCCACGCCCGCUUCCCCCAUGCCUCUUUGGUUCAUUCAUGUUGACCCUCCCUCCCACACCGCUCCCGCCUCCCCUCUGUAUCUGCACGCAUGUGCCCCUUACUCUGCCGCACGCCUUGCUCACGUGUGCCUUGCCCCCCUGCUGUGUGUCUCCCCCACGCCGUGCUGUGUGUGGCAGUUGAUGCGGCUGGGCGACCUCGUGGGCUUUGGCAAGUCCAUCCGUGUCACGCCCUGCAACAUGGCGGCAUUGGGGCUGAGUGCGUGGCCAGCGCCAGCGGUGUGGCCGUCAGCGCCCUCGGAGUCCGACCCACGAGUCAAGGCCCGCGAGGCAGUGAUUCAGGAGAUGCAGGGGGCGGGGGCAGCGAGGGGGGAGGCGAGGCUGUGCGGGGUGGGGCCGUGCAGCCUGGUGCAGGAGGCCAACCGCCGCAAGGCCUCGCUCACUGCCGGCAUGCCCGGGGGGCUCUGGCCCGACUCCUCGCCCUCGCGCCCCACUGACCCCUCCAGGCCGGACAGCAGCACGCCGCCAAAGCAGCGGCCGGGCACGCCGCCAGGGGGCGCGGGGGCGAAGAUGCUGUCGCUGGCGCAGGUGCAGGUGGCGGCUGCCAGCGCGCUGGAGGCCUUUGUCACCUCGGGCAUGCUCAAGCGCGCUCUCUCCUCGCGCGAACACUUUGAGGACUUUUAUCUGGAGUUGACGCGGUCAGCAGCGGACUGCUACGCGCGCUCGCUGUGGCUGCGCCAUGCUGUGGCCCUGGACGCGGAGGUGGGCAGUCUGCACGAGGCGGCAGGGCGCUUUGACCUGGCGCUCAAGGUGUACGAGAAGCAGAACGCCGCGUACAGCGCAGCGCGGUGGCACCACCUGCUGCUGGACCUCUUCCCGCGCCUCUCGCACUGCCAGCUGCUCAUGCGCGACCUGCCCGCCUUCCUGGGCUCCUGCACCAAGCUGCUGUCGCUGGGUCCCUCCCUCGUGCCCGCAGACGAGCGCAGCAAGGUGCAGCGCCAGAUGGUGGAGGUGGCGCGCUCGCGACUGGAAGAACCCGUCUCUGUCGACGUCUCCUCCCUCCUCUCCUUCUCCCUCGCCCCCCACACUCCCGCGCCCUCUGCAUCGCCUGCUACCUCGCCUGCUGCCGCUGCGCCAGCGUCCCCAGCAGGCAGGGCGGGCAGCAAGGCGCUGGAGCUGGGCGAGGGGGACGUGGUGUCGCUGUCCCUCGCAGUCUGGAGCUCCAUGCCUGCCCCACUCGCACUGGACUCUCUCGUGCUCUCCCUCGUCACCCCGCCUCUCUUCACAGCAGAGGAUGGUAUCAGGAUGAAGAGUGAGCCAGCGCCAGUGGUGCUGCAGCCGGGGGCCAACACGGUGCAGGUGGUGGCGGUGGCGAAGCGGCAGGGCGUGUACGUGCUGGGCAUGCUGAUGGGGCACUGUGGGCGCGUGCGCUUCCGCUCCAGCUCCGCCACCAUCAAGGGCGGCCCUCCCGAGGCAGAGGACUACCUCACGUCCGAGCGCACUCUGCGCACCGUGCUCAAGGUGUCACCAUCGCGCCAUCUGUUGGACAUGGCACCGGUGGUGGAUCAGCCACUGCUACUGGGCGAGCCACAGUGGCUGGGGCUGCUGCUGCACCCGCUCUCCUACUCCCUCGCGGGCUCGCUCCUCAGACUAGCAGGCGGGCCCGGCCUGCUGCUGCCGCCCAACCAGACCGUCGAGUGCCAGCGCUUGCCGCCCGCAUACCCGUCCGUGCUGCGCCAGCCGGGCAAGGACAAGGCGGGCGACGGAGAGGUGCCGGAGGGGGGCAGCGAGGCAGUGGCGAUGGUGGCAGGGUCGCUGCACCUGCCAUCGUGGUGCGCUGACUGCCCCACUGUCGUGUGGGUGCAGGCCUGCGCCUUCCGCGACCGCCCCUCGCCCCCUGUGCUCGUGCCUGCUGCCUCCUCGCCUUCCUCCUCCCCCACCAGCUCCCAGCAGCGGCAGCAGGCAGGGGGAGCGGAGGGCAUGUCAUCUUCAGCAUCUUUCUCGUCCACGGACUGGAACAGCAGCAGCAUCGGCAGUGUGAGCAGCAGGAGCAGCAGGGACGGCAGCCCGUCAGGGGACAGUGCACCGCAGCAGGCCACAGGAACAGGCGGGGCGAGGGGGCAGGCGGGGGCGGCGGCAGUGGCAGCAGUGCGUGUGGUGCGGUGUGUGGUGGAGUACGGCACGCCUCGCAGCCGUGUCUUUGAAAAGGUGUUGACGUUCCAGUUCGUGGAGCCCUUCCACGUGGCCACCAGAGUCGUCAGCAGAGGGGCCGAUGGUGCCAGAAUGCUGCUCCAGAUGUCCCUGCACUCCAAUCUGCGCUGCACGCUGCGCAUCGCCUCUGCCUCGCUGCGCCUGCAGCCCGGAUUCUCCCUCCUCUCCACCGCCGCUGCUGCCGCCUUCACCACCUCUGCUGCCGCCGCCUCUGCCCUGAGCCUGUCCGCCCCCGCUCCACUGCUGGACGUGGGGCCGCUGCUCUCAGGCACGCUGCUCUUCACACUCUCACUGCGACCACCGGGGGAAGCGCCCGCUGCUGCCUCUAAGGCUGCUCCAAGAACAGCGGCGCGCCUUCAAGUGCCUGACGGGCAGGCGGGGGGAGAGGAGGGCGAGAGGGAGGGGGGCAUGGAGGGCGUGAGUGAGCUGCGCGUGCACUACGAGGUGCAGGGCGAGCGCCUGCACGGCGCCCACACGCCCGUCGCCACACCGCUGUGGGCGCGCACGAGAGGAGGCGAGGGGGCACGCUUGGGAGGUGGCGCAGACUAUGUGGGCGCGGAGCAGAGAGAAGAUGGGGGAGGGCAGGUGUUGGCGGAGGGGGAGGAGGGGAGGGGGGCGAGUGGGGGAGUGGUGCCAGUGUACCGGCAUGCAGUGGUGUUGCAGAUGCCUGUCACAGACCGCGUGCUGGCGGUGGGGCUGCUGACGCCAGCCAGUGCAGUGAGCAUCGCCCCGCGGGUGGGGUGUGUGCUGGUGCUGGAGUGGCGCAUUGAACGCCUCAUAGACGGCCUCCUCCUGCCGCCCUCGCACCAGCAGGAGGCGUGGGAGGGAGGGGAGGGCGAGGAGGUGGAGUUUGAGGUGCGGGUGAGUGGGGACGACUGGAUGAUAGCGGGGCGGCGCAAGGGCUUUCUGCGCCUGCCCUUGGGGCGCGGCGCCAAGCACCUGCUGUCGCUGCACUGCCUGCCGGUGAAGUCGGGCUUUGUGCGGCCACCCGUGCUGCACCUGCCCCAGAUUAACCCCGACACUAUCAGCCACUCCCCUGCCGGCCCACACCUGCUGCGAGUGCUGCCCCAGGAGCCCUGUGCCUCCUUCUGUGUCUCAAAACGACCCGCUGCGGGAUUCGCGAUGUGGCCGGUGAGCGGCGUGAAGCCAUCGCGCAGCGACGAGGUGCUGCCGCCGGAGCAGCAGGCAGCGGCCACGGCCAAGGUGGAGCAGUACUUCCAGGCGCAGGCGCCACGGCGCGCGGCCAAGCCCAGUCGCAGCGAGGCGGGCGAGGGCGAGGGCGUGUUCGGCGCGGACGACGCGGUGGCGGUGGACCUGCCGGAGAGGCGCGCGCUGGCGCACCUCGUGGCGCACGCGGAGCCGGUGUGUCCCAGUGGCACGCCAGAGGUGCACGACCCUGAGCACCACCAAGCCACCUCCUACUACCAACACCUGCAAUAUGAUGGCCCACACUGCCCGACAGGGAAGGGGUUCAUAAGGCUGGACGCCAAGCCAGAGGUGCCAGUGCAUGUGGUGGAGCACCAUGCAGUGCCUGCACCUCUGCUCUUCAACAACAACGCUCACACCAACCCUGCCAGGGAUGACUGGACUGCUGAAUAG